UCAUGUUAUGAAAACGAGCGAUGCCAUACCGAGGGCGACGCCACCAACAAUGCACGACUGUUACUGGUUCUAUGAACCGGCCGAAUUAAAACUACACGGGCUAUUUGGGGUGUAAUCUUAAUAUGAGCCUCCUCGCUUCGGCCGGGUUCACCCGAGCGGAGUCGGUGUGGCAACCAUGCGCAGCGCAUUCCACACCAAUCCCGACGAACUUCACGCCAGUUGGGUCCCGACCGCCACCGACGAAGGACCGCUGCCGCUCGCUCCGGCAAAACUAUCGUACAAUAAAACAGAAACAAACUCAAAGUGUGUUAAAAGAUUCCGAAUUCGAAUCUCAAUUAAAUACAGUGUUUAUUAGUGAUGGGAAGUGACCAGUGCAUGGAUUACGACGACGUACGAUGACCGAAAGUUUAUGUUGGACGACCGAAAAAAGUUGUGGUCCUGUUGAGCACAAAAAAUGCUCGUAGUGAUGGCCUGAUGGGAUCGCAGUGUGGCCGAAUCUGUGUAGUUAGUGAUGUGAACUGUGAUAAAAAAAAUCGACAGUCACGUAGAUGAUUGUCUGUGCGUGUGAUAUAUUUAGUUUAUUAGUUACCAAAGAAUCCUGAUGAUCUUAUACAUUAGCCUGUGUUUCAUAUUGAUAGUUUUAGCGGACCCGUUGCCAGGCAAGCACGUGCCGCUGGAGAGCUAUGAGAGCGAACUUGAGCGCGAGCACGCGCUCCCCACAUCCGUGCCAAAUGCGGACAUACUCAAGACCAACAGCAACCCGACUUAUCACAAGCCUAGGCCGCCACAGAACUACGGCGCGGCGGUGCUGGCGCGGGUGGGCGACGGCGCGGUGCCCUCCUACGCGCCCCCCAACCGCGCCUUCUUCACCCCCCCGCUGCCCCCUGAGUACAGGAACCCGUUCGCUGACAAGCCUACACUUAGAGGCACAAACACAGACGGGAACAACUACCUUAACCGGAGGCCUAUCCCUCCUCCGUCUCUCGGGCCAGGCCACGAGAGGAUACCCAUCAGGCCUCCAGGACAGGAGACCUCGUCGCCUCAAGUACCAGCACCCCCUCCUGCGCCGCCCCUGCCGCCGGCCGGCAUCGAACCGCAGAAGAAAAAACCACUCAACACCCCUAGCCAUAAGCCUGAAGAACUAGACAGUGACAUAAAGCAUGGCUCGGACCAGGCCAACUUCACAGACUUCGUGCCAAACUCGCUCAACAUCCCAACCAUCUCCCGCAUCCUCUCCGGAUCCAACGGACGCAAGGAGGACAUUCCCGACGUCCUCCUCAGGACCGUCACCGCCAAACCUCAACACACCGAGAAAACCUCCAAGAGUGACAUCUACGUCACCAAAGAAGGUGUCACCCUCAGCGACGCCAACAGAGACAGCUCCACUGAAGGAUCAGUCCUCGCCGUCUUGGACCCAGAAAUGAACAACCUAGAUAGACCUCUAAUCGUCGACCAAAAUGGAGAAACGAAUACUAGAAGAAACCUCCAAUACUCGACUAAUAAAGACAGAAACGAGAGCAGAAACGACGAAUUCACACCAGCGACGACUGUGCAUUUCGAUCUCAAAGAUCCUGAAAUGUCCACGGAAAGAUACCAUAAUUUAGCCAACGUCAAUUUGGAUAAGAAGAAUCUUAAGCAAGACUCGAAGAAUGGACCAGUGCAGAGAGCAGGAGUCACCUGGCCUUUCGCCUGGAACGUACAUAUUUAUUUAGCGACAGUUAUUUUUACAAUCCUAGCCGUAUUCUCUAUAUUUAAGAUCAUAUGCUAUAAUAAGUUCACGCACCUCUUCACCCAGUACUACUUUAUUAUACUACACUUAAUCUUAGUGUUUGUAUGUCUAAUGAGGAUAUUCUACAUGUGCUACGAUCCUUAUAAUAUCAACAAUUCGUUGCCAGUUUUUCUUAGUGAGAUCCUGUUACAUGUCCCAGAAAUAUUCCUGAGCAUUGCUUUCUCUUGCACCAUCCUGUUCCUAUUAACCAAUAGCAUCAACUUCAAGAACACUUGCUGUUCUUUCCUGUUCCGUUCGAGAACAAUCAUCGUCGGAGGUGGUCUCCAUCUCCUCUCGUGUCUGAUGUUGCAUAUCUUUGAAAAUAGUAAUACAAUUUAUAGGACUCCGCAGGGAGUAGAAAAAAGGGUAUUAGGUCUAACUUGUCAAAUAAUAUUUAUCAUGGCAUGCCUGACGCUAGGUCUGUGCUAUCUCUAUGUAUAUAAAAUGCUCAAGUCCAUUCUUCAAAAGAAAAGCCACACGUAUAUACACGGCUUCCAGAAUUUAUACCAGGCUAUUCAUAUAAAUCUGGCGACAGCAUUGCUGUUCGUUCUAAUGGCCACUCUUCAAAUAUACGGUAUCUUUGGAAUAAGUCAAGUCAAUAUGACGAAAUUCAACUGGCUUCAAUGGGGCUACCAAUUCUCGUUGCGUCUUAUCGAGAUUUGCAUCGUAGCCCUUAUCUCCUGGGUCAUAAGUCUCAAAGUCGGUAUCGUGGCUUCUCUACAGCAUGAGAAGGCUGACGGGCAGAAAAUAUCUGGUUUAGGCUUGUUCCCUUGCACGGCUGGGUCUAGCAACGAGCAGUUCGAAUCAGACUAUCCCGCCAUUUGUAACACCAAUACGAAUCUACAUACGUAUACUUUAAGAACUGGCAAGCCGAUCUAUGAAUCAGCCGGCCAUCAUCCGAACCUGCCCGAUCCUUGCUGCGGGGGACCAGCAAUGGAACACCCGAGGUUUCUGAACACUAUUGGGGGCGCUUGCGACAAUAAUUCUGGAACUGAAAACUAUUCCGGACACAGUUCCAUAGCCAACGCUGGUCAUAGCAGCUCAACGGAAUCCAGCAACGCUACAUCCAGCCAAGGUGUGACCAAUCAUUUGAUCAAACACCAUCCAAACAUGGCCGGUUACAACGGCAUGGAAUCCGCGUCUGACGACCACUAUUCCAACUGCGACCCCGCCAUCCAAUCCUUACAAGGAGACGACCCAUUAGACCACGAAUAUAAUGUCAUACAGUACGGCAGCAACAGCGACUUCAUUCGUGACAUCAAAAACCAGAACUACAACGGCGGUUCAAACAGAAGUUCGCACAACUUCAAACACAUGUCGUACGAUAGGGUAUCCUCUAGAACGAACAGCAAUCCUCGAAAGAAGCAUAGAGCGAAGAACAAGAACGUCCAGAACUGUAUGACUAUGGGUUACGACGCAUCGAUGGCGCAUCAUUACCACCAGCCCCAUAUGCCUGAUGAAUACGGGAAUUAUAACACAGAGAACGCGUCCUACCAUGCCUCGGGCAUCCAAACCCUUAACCCUAACAGGAGUUACGGGGACGGAUGCCAACGGAGUUCCCAACGACGGAAUUCCCCCUCUACGUCCGCCGCUAACUCCAGUGGGAGUCAGAAAAGGGGGAAGAACAACGGAUUCCCUGAUAGGCCUAAGUCCACAGACUUGUACGGGUUUUCCGAAGACCCUAACGAGAGGAGCUACCCUUGCGCGUUAGCUCCUCAACCGGCUCCGAGGAAUUGCGGGUAUGAAGCCUCAUACUCCCAGCCUCAGGACGAGGUAAACCCUAACGAAGCUGAGGGGAACAGUAUGCUGGUAGCUCAGGACGGCUUCGUGAGAUUCCGGCCUUUGGAAGACGGUCCCUCGCAAACCUGAUUCACCAUAAAUCUGCCGCUGGCAGAGAACCUUAGCUUCUGAAGAAUAAAGGCUGAUUUUGAACGCUGUUUUUUUCUGAGCUGCCGAGCCUCGAGUCUUUGACUCUCCGAUCAUGUAAAUUGUAAAUGAGUUAGGUUUAAUGCGGUAUUAUUUAAGUAUCAUAACGGCCUCAUGUACAUACGCGUUUUUUAAGUUUACGGCCUUUUUAUAAGAAAUCGUGAUUUUUUUUAUGACCCUGUGACGAACUAGCGAUAGUUUUACUAUUUUUGCAUUUAUCUUGAUGAGGAAAAGUGUUGAGAAAAUUAACUUUUCCUGCAAGUAUAAAUGAAAACUGGGCGUUAUUUUUAUUGAAGUUUUGCCAACAGUACAGCCUAAUUGCAAAAUGAUUUUUAAGCGAAACUUCGAUAACUUAUAAUUGAAAAACAGAAAUAUUUUUUAUCAUCCCGUUCGUGUAUACCUCGCAAGGUUUAGGGGUACUAAAAAUUUCAAAAUUUACGCAAUUUAACUUAGGUACUUUUUAAAAUCAGCUCCUGACAUUUUGGGAUAUUUUAUAUAUCCUUGGAUCGACUGAAAAUUCAGUAACAGUGACCCCCUUGGAUUUGCCAUUUGUUAUAGGUUUAGCACCAUAAAGGUAUGUGUAUAAUACCCAAUUAGUUGUAAGUUAACGACAAUUUUAACUAUAUGUGAUAUCGUUAUAAACAUUUUGUUUCAAACAAAUCUGUCCAUAGAUAAGGGAUCCAGGCGACAUAUUUAAUGUUAAAGAACAUUUAUAUGUGACGUUCCACAGGUAAAGGUACCUUACAGCUGUAGCACCGCAUUAGUAUUGGAGUGUCGUAACAGCGUAAGCGCCGACCGCCAUAAGGUGCCUUUAUCCGUGGAACGUCACAUGUGUUAGCUGGUAUAAUCGUGUCCAUAUUUGCAGUCCAACUAAUUUAAUCAUGAAUAAAUAUUAUAUGUUAUGUUACGUCCGUUAAAUUAUGUUCAAUUUAAUCAACAAGAAUAUAAACUGCUGGUUCAUAAUUAUUAAUUACAAAUAUUUUAUCAAUCAUCCUACAAAGUUAAUCAGAUUUUUUUAUUCAAUCCUUUGUUGAUUAAAAUAUUAUCCCCAAUUGUGAAUUUGUGUCUAAAUACCAAUUGUAGAGCAGUAACAAUAUCUGAAUGUCCUAUAAAAGUGUUACCACUUUAGUAAUCUUCGUAUAUUUAGAUCCACGGCAAAUAGAAAAAAAAAUGUUUUUUGUGAAAUAGCAUUUUGCCUAGUCAGCACGACAGAACUACCAUAUAAUAUGCUGCCAUUUUUAAUCAUACACCUAUAUUCGACACGCACGAAAUUAUAUGAUGAUUGUAUUGCUAUUCGCUAUACGCGAAGUGCAUUGUGUAAACUUAUAUAGGCUCAAUUUGACAUAUAUUAACUGUCAAAUGACUAAUGUAGCUCAUAGCCGCCAGGCGGCGCCACAAUCGUGCACAUGGCGAACUGAAUGUGUAAAAUUGAGAGAAAUAUAAUUGCAAUAUAAUACAGUGCGUUUCGAAUAUAGGAACUGUUUAGGCUACAAGAAUAUAUAAGGAGUUGAUACACGAACACAAAACUAUAUGUUAUCUACAAUAAAUGUAUGUUGAACAUAAAUGGGGCGUUAUCUAUGAAAAGGGACCUUAUUGUCGAUGGCGCUUACGCCGUACAGCGUCGCGCGGCAUUGUAUUUAUAUCGGAGCAUCGUUAAUAAUGGCGUAAGCGCCAUCGACAAUAAGGUCCCUUUUCAUAGAUAACGUCACAAAUAUUAUAUAAUUAACUCGAUGUUGGCACUAUAAAUAGAUAGGUAAAAUUAAAAUAAUUGUAAAAAUUAGAAAAAUACUAAAGAAUAUUUAUAAUCGGUACCAUCAUUAUACGUUUUGUGGUGUUCGUACGUGGCGAUACUUAACCGUGCUCAUAUAAUAUAAUUCCUAUGUAUAUAGAUCUUAAAUAAGUAUCACAGAGGGAUUAUUUCAGUCAGUUACUUGACUUGGUAAAGUCGGUGCCCUAGUGCACAGUGUAAAACGUAACAGUGGUCCGACGGUCUUUGACGUGUACCGAGCUACUAACAAUGCGAUGACAGCGAUGUAUGCAGCUCGGGUGCGCGCGAACCCCCCUCGACCCCUCGUCGAACGACUGUUUAGACUGUAACAUAAGUAUCCACUUUUCUAUACAGCUAGUAUGACGAUGUGGGUACAUAUCCUAAAGCCCACAAAAAAAUGUCAAGUGAAUUUGAAGUCAAUCAUGAAGAAAAUAUGGUCGAAUUUCUCUUGAUUUGUAAUCGAACGAAACAAAAGAAUAGAACUCUUUUCCAAUUAUUGAAAAGUCCUAACUUCAAUGAAGCAAUUAAGUACUACUGAUAGGACCGUGGGCUAUAGGAGGUUGAGUACUCUUAUUGUACAAGUAUACAAGCGUCAAAUCAUGUACACAUCCAAGCAUGGAACAAAUUCUUCUUCUUCUUUUCGUGUAAAGGGAUCAAACUUCUUAGUACUAAAUUUUUGUUUGCCAAUGUUUUGCCACUUCCAGCCCUCGGGGUGUAGCCCUCAGGAGAUCUUCCUCAGUGCACGUCGUUGAGCACAGAGAGCACUGUCUCAUGUGUAAUGUUGUUUGAGGUACUCCACACUCGCAGGAUGUAUCACCUUGUCGCCCAAUUCCCCAUCUCAGAAGAUUAUCUUUUGACCGACCAACUCCCGUCCUAAGUCUGUUGAGAGCUUUCCAUACUGGCCACUUUUGCUUUCCCCCUGGAGGCAGGUGUUCCACAGCUGGCAUUCGUAGCGAUGUGUCGCUGAGUUGCAAGUUCCAUGACUUGAUGCGAGCCUCCUGAGGAGUUUGCUGCUGGAGAGCUGAAUUUGUAACAAAUUAAUAUUUAAAACACUACCAAAUCCACACUUCUGCAUAGUAAAAAUUACUAUGAUUGCUCCACCGACAAGAGCACAGCUCUUAAUAUAUAGAAGAAGAAGAAGAAAAAUUACUAAAUAUUUAGUCUAAUAAAUUAGAAUUUCAAAUUAUAAAAGUUGCGGAAAAUUUCCAAAAACUUAGAAAAUGGCUUAAAUAUCUCGAAUUUUCUCAAAAAUUCGAGGUAGUAUCAUUUUGUACAGUCAGCUGCAGAAAAAAAGGUAACACCCCUGCAAACAAACUUCUAUGGGAAAUGUGGAAAAAUAGCAAUUUUGGAAACUUUGUCGUCAAAUCUGUCGUUCAAAUUAGAUCAAAUGAGAAGUUCCAAUUUUUCACAGUCGCUCCAGAGUUAGGGAACUGUGGUGUGGAUGCACCUUUAUACUGUGUAUUUGUGAUUCUGAUGCUUGUUCAAGUAUGCUGACUGAAUAAUUCUUUUGUGCAAAUAUGGUAUGGCUACACGCCUGCCGCGAAUGCCACUAAUUUUAUUAUUUUUAUCUUAAGCCUGUAAAUAUUACGGGAUACUAUAAAGUAUCCUUUACGGAACCGUCGCGUUCGAUUUGUUGUAAAUUUAUAUAAUUUUUUUUUUAAUAUUUCCAAGACUGUACUUUAUCAUUUAACAAAAUGACAACUGACAUAUUACUAUGUAUAAAUAAAUAAAAACGGUAUUGCA